CAUUGUCUAUAUCUAAGUCCGUAUAUCAUUAUCACAGAGCGUCGCCUUCGCUGAUCUUGGUACAUUCUCCGUCAUCCACCACAGGAGUUGACGCAUAUUUCAUUACUUGCUAAACCCUGUGAUGGUUGGCGCCAAAAGCGAGGAAGACCAGAAUGCGCUGGAGAUAUAGGGAAUCGAACCCUAGCCCUCUCCCAUGCUAAGGCCGAUGCUGAGGUUCUCUUCCAUGCAGGAGUAAAUCUAUCAAAAAAUCCAGGUGAUGCUGUUGAUCCUGGUUCGACUCCGGAGAGGGAGCCUGAGAAACGGCUACCACUUCCAAGGAAGGCAGCAGGCGCGCAAAUUACCCACUCUCAGCAAGAGGAGGUAGUGACGAAAAAUAACGAGACCGUUCUCAUUGAGGCCGGUUAUCGGAAUGGGUACAAUUUAAACCUGUUAACGAGGACCUAUGAGAGGGCAAGCCUGGUGCCAGCAGCCGCGGUAACUCCAGCUCUCAAAGUGUAUAUCGUUAUUGCUGCGGUUAAAAAGCUCGUAGUUGGAAUCCAGCUUGACGACAUGGUCCAUUUAUUGGAUGUGAACUAUGAUCGUAGGCUAAUCUAUGUUGGUUUUCCUUGCGUUACCUUGAUCGGUCGCGUAAGGUGGUAUUUGAGUGAAGGUGGAUACAAUCAUGUGGGAUUUUAUCUGCUCGGUAGAAUGUACCUUAGAUCUGAGUGGUUAAAAGCUAAUAGCUUCUUAAUAUCUCCCACUCUCACUGGCCAUGUUUCGCAGCCAUAUAGCAAGAACGAAUUGCAGCUAUAUGGACACGGAUUUUCGUCUUUAUGGGGAGAAGCAUUAAGAGCAGUAAGAGGUUAUGAUAUUGCACCGGAAAACUACCAAGUCAUAGUUUUGACUUUUGGGGAUACUUCCACUAUUAAGAAAUCUCUCUAUAACGAAUUACAUACUAUUAAAAGGUGUGAUCGAGACUGGAAAAUGAUAGUCGAAUCAAUCGAAAGAAUUCUUCGUCAACUAGAAGCUAUCGGCGAAAAUCUUAAAACUUGA